UGACAGCAGCAGGAGGAGGAGGAGGAGGAGCAGCGUCGAGGAGAGUGCGGGAGAGCGGAGUGUCACACAGCAGCCGACCCUCACUGGCACACGGAGACCCUGGCACUUCUCUGUGCCUCAUUCUGCACCAUGGCUGAAGUCAGAAAAUUCACCAAGAGACUCAGCAAGCCCGGGACAGCGGCAGAGCUGAGGCAGAGUGUGUCUGAGGCAGUCCGGAGCUCGGUCAUCCUGGAGAAGGCAAGAGUGGUAGAACCUUUGGACUAUGAGACCGUCAUUUCUCAAAGAAAAGCCCAGAUCUUCAGUGAUCCACAUCGAGAUAUGCUGAUGUUCCCCAUGGAGGAUGUUUUUAUGUCAACAGUUGGGCGUCAGCACAGAACCAUCACAUCUACAGUUCCCGAGGAUGCUGAAAACAAAGCCAAGAGCCUGUUUGUAAAAGAGUGUAUAAAAUAUUACAGCUUAGACUGGAAAGUGGUAAACUACAAAUAUGAGGAAUACUCGGGAGAUUUUCGAGCCUUGCCUUGUAAAUCCUUUCAGCCAGAGAAGACGCCCAGCCAUGUGUUUGAGAUAGAUGAGGACUUUGACAAAGAUGAGGAUUCUUCAUCAAUCUACUCUAAUAAAGGAGGAGUCAUCAAACAAGGCUGGCUGUAUAAAGCCAAUAUAGGCACCACUAUUCCUGUCACUAUGAAGGUGUUUAGAAAGCGAUAUUUCUACUUGACUCAGCUGCCUGAUGGCUCCUAUAUUCUAAACUCAUAUAAGGAUGACAAAUCUCCAAAGGACUCAAAAGGCUGCAUAUUCCUGGAUUCCUGCAUUGAUGUCACUCAGUGUCCAAAGCUGCGUCGCAAUGCUUUUGAGUUGAGGAUGCUAGAUAAAUCGAGCCAUCAUCUGGCAGCUGAGACGGAACAGGAAAUGGAGGAGUGGCUGCAGACAUUGAAGAAAAUCAUUCAACUCAAUACAGACAGCUUAGUGCAAGAGAAGAGAUACACAGCAGAUCCUGUUCAAGAUGAUGAGGGCGGUGGUGCUGGGAAAUCGGAUAACAUCAUGGAAAGCCUGGAGAAGAGCAUGCAUCCUGAGCUGGUGAAGUAUGGAAGAGAGACGGAACAGUUGAAUAAGUUGAGCAGAAGUGAAGCACGACAGAACCUAUUCUCAUUUGACUCUGAUGUGCAGAGACUGGACUUUUCUGGCAUUGAGCCAGACAUUCGGCCAUUUGAAGAGAAAAGCAGACGUCAUUUCUUAGUCCAAUGCCAGGAACUGAGCUUUAAUAUACUUGGGAAUGUGACUGAAAAUCCUGAAGGACCCUUGACAAACGUGGAGCCAUUUUUUGUCAGUUUAGCACUGUUUGAUGUUAAAAAUAACUGCAAAAUUUCAGCAGACUUCCACGUGGACCUUAAUCCUUUGUCAGUAAGAGAAAUGUUAAGCAAUCUUCCCGAGAUGGUCAAUGGAAGUCCUAAAAAGUCAUACAAUGAGAAUCGUGUCCAUGGCAUCCCAGAAUCUCAGUUCCAGUUCAUAAAAGAGGGAAUAUUUUCAGUGACAAAUCCACAUCCUGAGGUUUUUUUAGUGGCACGCAUUGAAAAAGUCUUACAGGGGAAUAUCACACAUUGUGCAGAACCAUACAUCAAAAACUCUGAUCCAGCAAAGAUCGCACAGAAAGUGCACAAGAUUGCAAGACAGGUGUGCAGCCGCUUGUCUCAGUAUAGAAUGCCAUUCGCUUGGGCUGCAAGGCCGGUAUUCAAGGACACCCAGGGGACCCUAGAUGUUGAAGGGAAAUUUUCUCCAUUAUACAAACAGGAUAGCGGUAAACUUUCUAAUGAUGAUCUUCUUAAGCUACUGGCGGAGUACAGGAAACCAGAAAAGACUAAACUCCAAAUUAUACCUGGACACCUGGAUGUUACUGUAGACUGUGUGCCACUGGACUUUGCAAAUUGUGUGACGCCCUCAUAUGUACCAAUUAGGCCGUAUGACAAAGAGAACAAAAAGAUUGCUGUAGAAGUUGAGGAAUUUGUUCCAGAAGUGACAAAGUAUUGCUAUCCUUUUACUAGCUACAGAAAUCAUCUCUAUGUAUAUCCUCUACAUCUAAAGUACGAUAGCCAGAAAUCAUUUGCUAAGGCUAGGAAUAUUGCUGUCAAGGUUGAAUUUCGAGACAUUGAUGAGCCGGAUGCCCCAGCACUGACGUGUAUUUAUGGAAAGCCUGGGGGACCUGUAUUCACCACAUAUGCGUAUGCUGUGGUCCUGCACCAUAACCAGAGCCCAGAAUUCUAUGAUGAGAUUAAAAUUGAGCUUCCUUUACAUCUUCACCAGAAGCACCAUUUGUUGUUCACCUUUUUUCAUGUCAGCUGUGACAUCAAUUCGAAGGGGAGCAGUAAGAAGCAUGAAAAUGCUGAAACACCAGUCGGGUACAGCUGGGUCCGCUUAUUGAAGGAAGGCAGACUUAUUACAUGUGACCAACAACUGCCGGUUGCUGCCAAUCUUACCUCUGGGUAUCUGGGUCAGAGUGAGACAGACACCAAAAAGAGCAGCAAUGAUAUCAAAUGGGUCGAUGGAGCAAAACCAUUAUUCAAAAUCGGAAGUCAUCUGGAAUCCACUGUGUAUACACAAGAUUUACAUCUGUACAAUUUCUUUGAGUACUGCCAGAAAAGUCUGUCCGGCUCAAAAGAUGUUCCUGGGGAGCUUGUGAAAUAUUUAAAGUGUUUACAUGCCAUGGAGGUCCACAUGAUGAUACAGUUUUUACCUGUGAUUCUCAUGCAGCUUUUUCAAGUUUUGACCUCACUUUCCAAUGAAGAAGAAGUAUCUUUAAAUUGUACUUUGGUGCUACUCCAUAUUGUGUCCAAGUGCCAUGAAGAAGGUUUAGACCAUUACCUUCGGUCUUUUAUUAAGUAUGUCUUCAAAACAGAGAAGCAGCAUUCCCCUCAAAGCAAGACACUCCAUGAGAUUUUGGCUACCACAUUAAUUACAGUUCUGAAGCAGUCAGCUGAUUUCCUAGCAAUAAAUAAGUUACUAAAGUACUCAUGGUUUUUCUUUGAAGCAUUGGCAAAGGCUAUGGCAUUGUACCUUAUAGAAGAAAACAAAAUCAAGGUACCUAGACCUCAGAGAUUCCCGGACUCUUAUCAAAAUGUUCUUCAUUCUUUGCUACUCUCAGUAAUACCACAUGUCACUAUAAGAUAUGGUGAGAUUCCAGAGGAGUCCCGCAAUGUCAACAUGAGCUUGGCCAACUUCAUCAAGAGAUGUCUGACAUUUAUGGACAGGGGAUUUGUCUUUAAUCUUAUCAAUGACUACAUGUCUGGAUUUAGCCUUAAGGAUCCAAAGAUACUCAAUGAAUACAAAUUUGAAUUUCUCCAAACCAUCUGCAGUCACGAGCACUUCAUCCCACUUAACCUGCCGAUGCCGUUUGCCAAGCCUAAACUGCAAAGAGUGCAAGAUAUGAAUCUUGAAUGCAGUUUAACAGAUGAUUAUUGCAAGAAUCAUUUUCUCGUUGGUCUCUUGUUGAGCGAAGUAUUACUGGCCAUACAGGAGAAUUGUGACAUCAGAUUUGCUGCCAUCUCUACUUUAAAACACCUUCUAAUAAAACAUGCAUUUGACAAUCGGUAUCAGCAUAAGAAUCAGCAAGCAAAAAUAGCCCAGCUUUACCUCCCCCUUGUAGGCAUGUUGCUAGAUAACGUCUCAAAGUUUGCUAGCAGAGAUUCCCUUUACCACUGUACAGCAGUGUCAACUUCUGCAUCCAGGGACACAUUUAUGUGCAGCUUUUCCUCUCCUUCCAACAGAUCAAGCUUGAUCAUGGACAAAGACAUUGGUUACAGCUCAUCUUUGGUAAAUGGUUGCAUCAUGAAAAGGGAUGACUCGCGUGGCUCAAUCACCAUGGAUGGAACAUCUGAUCUCAACAUGAACGUGGAAAAUAUGCGUAGAAGCUCCACAAAAAGCAGUGUGUCUCCUUAUACCCAACUGGAUUCAUAUGAAAUGAAGAGCCUUCUGAUCAGCUAUUUGUACAUAGUCAAAGUUAUUUCAGAAGAAUCUCUGGUUAGCUACUGGAAUAGAAUGUCCCCACAGGAACUGCCGAACUUCCUUACACUUCUUGAGGCUUGCCUAUACCAUUUCAGAUAUGUAGGAAAAAGAAAUAUUGCAAGAGUUCAGGAUGCUUGGAUAUCUAAGCACUUUGUGGCAGGAGACAGAAAAUCUCAGACAAUGCCUGCCCUGCGGAGUAGAACUGGAGCUACACGUCUGCAACACCUUAGCAGUUUAGAAAGCUCCUUCACCCUUAAUCAUAGUUCAGGUUUUACUGAAGCUGAUAUUUUACAUCAAGCAUUGCUAGAAGGCAAUUGUACUACUGAAGUAUCCUUAACUGUACUGGAUACCAUCUCGUUCUUCACACAAACCUUUAGGACUCAGCUCCUUAACACUGAUUGUCAAAACCCCUUGAUGAAGAAAGUUUUCGACAUCUACUUGGCAUUUCUAAAAAAUGGACAGUCAGAGAUCUGCUUAAAACACGUCUUUGCCUCACUCAGGUCUUUCAUUAGCAAGUUUCCUUCAGCCUUCUUCAAAGGAAGAGUCAAUAUGUGUGCAGCGUUUUGCUAUGAGGUUCUUAAAUGCUGCACCUCCAAACUCAGUUCCACCAGAAAUGAAGCUUCUGCUGUCCUGUAUCUUCUUAUGAGGAACAAUUUUGAGUUCACCAAGAGGAGGACAUUUCUCAGGACACAUUUACAGAUCAUAAUUGCUGUAAGCCAACUUAUUGUGGAUGUGGCUCUUAGUGGAGGAUCCAGGUUUCAGGAAUCACUUUCAAUAAUUAACAAUUUUGCAAACAGUGACCGAGCAAUGAAGUCAACAGCAUUUCCCUCAGAAGUGAAAGAUCUGACAAAGAGAAUCCGAACAGUUAUCAUGGCGACAGCUCAAAUGAAGGAACACGAAAGAGAUCCAGAAAUGUUGGUAGAUCUACAGUAUAGCUUGGCCAAGUCAUAUGCUAGUACACCCGAGCUUAGAAAGACGUGGCUGGAGAGUAUGGCCAAGAUCCAUGUGAAAAAUGGCGACUAUUCAGAGGCUGCAAUGUGCUGCAUCCAUGUAGCUGCCCUAGUUGCUGAAUUUCUCUUCAGAAAAAAACUCUUUCACAGUGGCUGUUCUGUAUUUAAGAAGAUCACACCCAAUAUUGAUGAGGAGGCGGCCAUGAAAGAAGAUGCUGGCAUAUUGGAUGUCUAUUACAGUGAGGAGGUGUUAGUAGAGUUGCUUGAGCAAUGUGUGGACGGCUUAUGGAAAGCAGAGAGAUAUGAAACCAUAUCUGAAGUAUCAAAGCUCCUUAUACCAAUUUAUGAAAAGAGGCGAGAAUUUGAGAAACUCACUCAGCUGUAUAGGACUCUCCACAAUGGUUAUACGAAAAUCAUGGAAGUCAUGCAGUCUGGAAAGCGGCUUUUGGGAACGUUCUUCAGGGUGGCCUUUUAUGGUCAGGGUUUCUUUGAAGAAGAAGAUGGCAAGGAAUAUAUCUACAAGGAACCAAAGCUAACAGGACUUUCUGAAAUAUCCUUACGUCUAUUAAAUUUGUAUGGUGAAAAAUUUGGGGCAGAUAAUGUGAAAAUGAUUCAGGAUUCUAACAAGGUUAAUGUGAAAGCUCUUGACGUCAAGUUCGCCCACAUUCAGAUAACGUAUGUCAAGCCCUACUUAGAAGAGCAAGAACUUUCUGAUAGGAAGACAGAUUUUGAGAGGAAUCACAACAUUAGCCGAUUUGUCUUCGAAACCCCGUACACUCUGUCAGGAAAAAAGCAUGGAAACGUGGAAGAGCAGUGUAAGAAAAGAACCAUAUUAACAACAUCCAAUUCUUUUCCAUACGUCAAGAAAAGAAUACCUGUAAUCUAUGAGCACCAGAUGGAUCUUAAGCCCAUUGAUGUUGCUAUUGAUGAGAUUAAGGACAAAACCGCAGAUUUGCUGAAGAUUUGCUCAUCCGCAGAUGUCGACAUGAUACAGUUACAGCUAAAGCUACAAGGCUGUGUUUCUGUGCAGGUAAAUGCGGGUCCUUUAGCCUAUGCCAGAGCUUUCCUAGAUGACAGUCGGUCCAGCAAGUAUGCCAGCAAAAAGAUUAAGGAACUAAAAGAUAUUUUUAAACAGUUUAUACAAGUGUGUGCCACUGCCCUGGAUCUGAAUGAACGGCUCAUCAAAGAGGAUCAGUUUGAAUACCACGAGGGACUGAAAACUAAUUUCAGAGAAAUGGUGAAAGAGCUAUCUGACAUUAUUCAUGAGCAGAUUUAUCAAGAAGAUUCCAUGCACUCGUCAUGGCUGCAGAAUUCUUUGCAUGUCUUCCAUGCCAUAAGUGGGACUGCAACUGAAUGAGCUUCUUACAACAGUCAGAGACAAACACGCCUCACAAUUCAUCUAUCUCAGGAACAAUCUGGCAUGGAUUUCCAAAACGAAUGUGUAUUUUCUUACUUCAUUAAAGAAAUGAUAGUUCUAAGGAUUUUACAAAGCUCUUGUCCCGGAGCUAUUAUAGAAUGUAAUAGCAGAGAGUCCAUAACCGCUUGUAAUCACUUGAAUUGCACAGUAUUGUAUAGGCUUAUUUAAAAUUUUACAUAUAGAUGUAUUGUUUGACCUGAAAGGGGUUAUCCAGGAAAAAACUUUUUUUUAUAUAUCAACUGGC